UGGGACAUACCAAGUCUGUGCGCGUUGUUCACGGCCAGGAGCAUUGUGGGAUCAUUGCACAGCGGAGCUUCUCAUAGCUCAUUGAGGGGGGAGAUUAUUUGCAGUGUUAUUGUUCAGUAGUGAAUUAAGUCAGCUUUGGUAAGGUGUCCGAUCCCCCUCUGACGUCAUCGUGUGUUGGUUUAGUCCAGGAGUGUGGUAGUGUCUACGCGCGGUGAGGGGGUUCCGUUUCAGCCGUUAUAGUUUCGAUAAGGCCUCCAGUUUCCGGGAUCGGUAGUUCCUCGGUCUUCCUUACAGCCUGUGUCCUGUCUGAGCUCCCUGCGACAUGUCGGUGGCCUUUGCAGCUCCCAGGCAGCGGGGGAAGGGCGAGAUCACCCCGGCCGCCAUCCAGAAGAUGUUGGAUGAGAAUAAUCAUUUAAUCCAGUGCAUCAUGGACUAUCAAAACAAAGGAAAGACCAACGAAUGUUCACAGUAUCAACAGAUGUUGCACACAAAUCUGGUUUACUUGGCAACCAUAGCAGACUCCAAUCAGAAUAUGCAACCUUUAUUACCAGCACUCCCCACACAGAAUAUGCCUAUGGGUCCGGCGGGGAUGAAUCCGAGUGGCCCUCCACAGCCGCCACGCUCACAUAACAUGCCUUCAGAAGGGAUGGUAGGAGGGGGUCCGCCUGCAACACACAUGCAAAACCAGAUGAACGGCCAGAUGCCUGGACCAAACCAUAUGCCUAUGCAAGGACCAGGACCUAAUCAACAUAACAUGACAAAUAGCGCCAUGCCUAUGCCUUCUACUAAUCAUGGUUCCAUGGGAGGAUAUAAUCACUCUGUGCCGUCUUCACAAAAUAUACCAGUCCAAAAUCAGAUGGGUAUGAAUCAAGGCCAGUCAAUGGGCAACUACGGCCCCAGGCCAAGCAUAAACAUGCAGCCGAAUCAAGGUCCAAUGAUGCAUCAACAGCCUCCUUCACAGCAAUAUAACAUGUCUCAGGGUGGUGGCCAGCAUUAUCAGGGGCAGCAGCCACCUAUGGCAAUGAUGGGCCAGGUUAAUCAGGGGAAUCACAUGAUUGGACAAAGGCAGAUUCCACCCUACAGACCUCCUCAGCAAGGUCCACCUCAACAGUACUCAGGCCAAGAAGAUUAUUAUGGAGACCAAUACAGUCAUGGCAGUCAAGGUGCUCCGGAAGGCAUGAACCAGCAAUACUACCCUGACGGUCAUAAUGAUUACGGUUAUCAGCAACCGUCGUAUCCUGAACAAGGCUACGAUAGGCCUUACGAGGAUUCCUCACAACAUUACUACGAAGGAGGGAAUGCACAAUAUGCUCAGCAACAAGAAUCUUAUCAAGCGCCACCACAACAACAAGGCUACCCGUCUCAGCAACAGCAGUACCCAAGCCAACAAGGUUACCCUGGCCAACAGCAAGGUUACGGUCCUUCUCAAAGUGGUCCUGGUCCUCAGUACCCAAACUACCCUCAGGGACAAGGACAACAGUAUGUGCCAUACAGACCUUCACAGCCAGGACCUCCGCAGCCACAGCAGCAGAGACCUUACGGAUAUGAUCAGGCGCAGUAUGGAAACUAUCAGCAGUAAAGAACUUGUGGAUUCCUGUAGCCAGUCAGUGUAGCUGUUGUGGUGUUUCCUCUGGACUGUGGACAUUUUCCUUUUGAAGAUAUUUAUCACUUUUACAUUUGGGAAAAUUAUGUGAAAUUUGAUGGCAUCUUCCAACCAUUGAAGACUGCAGUAAUUCACAUGUCAGUUCACACAAUGUACUCUAGGUGGUGAUGUUGCAUCAUACAAUCCAGGAUAUCCAUAAACAAGAGAUGUCAGACCAUCCAUUUGAGAUGGGGGAGAAUUUUUUUUUUUUUCUUUUUCUUUUUUUUUUUUUAAGUUACAGCUGUGUACUUAUACACCAUAAACUGGGGAACAAAAUUUCAGAGCAUUUGUAACUUUUGGAUACACUAUGAAGUUAAGGAGAAUGUGUUUGUGCCAUGAAUGUUACUAUUAGAAUUAUAAAAAUGGAGAAACAAUGGCUAAUGCUUUAUCAAUAUAUAUUUUUUAUUUUUUCCUAUGAGAAAGGUCCUACAGUUUGGAUACUUGGAAUGAACAUACCAUACAUUUCUUCCUUAAGUUGCAACAUUUAUUUCUAUAGAAUAGC